UCUGGUGCUGGUUCUUGUUCUGGUGCCGGUUCUUCUAGUGCCAGUCCUUCUGGUUCUGGUGCUGGUUCUUGUUCUGGUGCCGGUUCUUCUAGUGCCAGUCCUUCUGGUUCUGGUGCUGGUUCUUCUUCUGGUUUCAGUCCUUCUGGUUCUGGUGCCAGUUCCCCUUCUGGUUCCUCUGGUGCCGGUUCCUCUUCUGGUGCCGGUUCUUCUUCUGGUUCCAGUCCUUCUGGUUCUGGUGCCGGUUCCCCUUCUGGUUCCUCUUCUUCUGGUGCCGGUUCCCCCUCUGGUUCCUCUGGUGCCGGUUCCCCCUUUGGUGCCGGUUCCCCCUUUGGUUCUUCUGGUGCCGGUUCCUCUUCUGGUGCCGGUUCUUCUUCUGGUUCCAGUCCUUCUGGUUCUGGUGCCGGUUCCCCUUCUGGUUCCUCUUCUUCUGGUGCCGGUUCCCCUUCUGGUUCCUCUGGUGCCGGUUCCCCCUCUGGUUCCUCUGGUGCC